UUGUUUAUGAAAAAAGAGCUACACAUGCAAGAUUUGGUACGAAAGAGAAAGGAUUAAGCAAUGAUUUUGGGUAGAAGAUGAAAAGCUGAAAAGAAAAAAUAAAAAUUUAAAAAAUUCGAAGAAACAAAAAUGAUAAUCUCGGAAGGAUAAAAAAAAAAAAAAAAAAAAAGAAAAAGAAAAGGAAGCUUGAAAUUUGCCCUUGGACCAUUUACAACAGUCUCGUGACUCUCGCUUCUCUCUCUUUUUUUCUUCCCUCUCUAGUACUCUUAUACUUCCCACCGAUUGUGUUUUGGAUACGCUUUGUUGGAUGCUCGCUCACAGUAGAGCUCAGAUCUCUCAGCCAUUUCCAUUGCUUGCUUGCGAAAGCUAAGCUCGAUCCAUUUCUCAAGUGAGACCUUAUAGUGUUGGCGUGCGUCUCAUUUUUCAGGAGACAUGAAUUGAAUAGCUAGAGGAGAGCUGAAAGUGUUUAUGUGAAGUAAACAUCAUUUACAGUACUUUGGAGAUUUAAAUGAAAUGACAAUUGAUCUUCAAACUUCAAUGGCUCAAAGUGUAAGAACCAGUAGGUCUUCGUUUGGCUCGAGUAAUGGCAAUGAGGAUGCUUCUUUAUACAACUCUUCUACUGUCUCAAAUGGAGAUGGCUAUGACAGUGACGGUUCCAAUUUGGCACCCGCUACUCCAACAACUUUAUCGAUGUAUAUUCCAGAAGAGCUUGCUGGUGCCAUACCCUUGAUUGAUAGAUUCCAGGUAGAGGGAUUUUUAAGGUUGAUGCAAAAACAGAUUCAGUCUGCUGGGAAACGUGGAUUUUUCUCUAAGAAAUCCAUCGGCCCUCAAAUUCGAGAAAAGUUCACAUUUGAGGAUAUGCUGUGUUUCCAAAAGGAUCCUAUACCAACAUCAUUACUUAAAAUAAAUACUGACUUAGUCAGCCGGGCAGCAAAGUUAUUCCAGAUAAUUUUGAAAUACAUGGGUGUUGAUCCAUCUGAUCGAGUUACGCUAGUAAGCCUAGAAGAACGGAUAGAACUUGUCGCGAAACUAUUUAAGCAAACACUGAAGCGCACAGAGCUUCGAGAUGAACUAUUUGUUCAGAUUUCAAAACAAACAAGGAAUAAUCCUGAUAGGCAGUACUUGGUCAAAGCAUGGGAAUUAAUGUACUUGUGUGCAUCCUCAAUGCCUCCUAGCAAGGACAUUGGUGGAUAUCUAUCUGAGUAUGUGCAUAAUGUAGCGCAUGCUGUGAGUACUGACUCUGAGGUUCGAAUCCUAGCUUUAAAUACUUUAAAUGCUUUAAAGCGUGCCGUUAAGGCUGGUCCAAGGCAAACUAUACCUGGUCGUGAGGAGAUUGAAGCACUUUUAACUGGUCGAAAGCUUACAACAAUAGUGUUUUUCUUGGACGAAACAUUUGAAGAAAUUACAUUUGAUAUGGCAACAACAGUUGCUGAUUCUGUUGAGGAGCUUGCUGGGAUAAUCAAACUGUCAGCAUACUCUAGCUUUAGUCUGUUUGAAUGCCGUAAAGUUGUCACCGGCUCCAAAUCACCUGAUCUUGGAAACGAGGAGUAUAUUGGGUUAGAUGAUAACAAAUAUAUUGGGGAUCUGUUGGCCGAAUUCAAGGCAGCAAAGGACCGCAGUAAAGGAGAAAUUUUGCACUGCAAGUUGACGUUUAAGAAAAAGUUGUUUCGAGAGUCAGAUGAAGCUGUAGCAGAUCCAAUGUUUGUGCAGUUGUCAUAUGUACAGUUGCAACAUGAUUAUAUAUUGGGAAAUUAUCCUGUUGGAAGGGAUGAUGCUGCACAGCUGUCUGCAUUACAAAUUUUGGUGGAGAUCGGAUUUGUCAGUUCUCCUGAGUUGUGCACUGAUUGGAAUUCGCUAUUAGAACGGUUCUUACCUAGACAAAUCGCUAUCACACGGGCAAAACGGGAGUGGGAGUUGGAUAUCCUUUCUCGUUACCGUUCAGUGGAGAAUUUGACCAAAGAUGAUGCAAGACAACAAUUUUUGCGGAUACUGAAGACACUUCCUUAUGGGAAUUCAGUUUUCUUCAGUGUUCGCAAGAUUGAUGAUCCCAUAGGACUUCUACCGGGGAGGAUUGUUUUGGGCAUCAAUAAGAGGGGUGUUCAUUUUUUCCGUCCUGUUCCAAAGGAAUAUCUACAUUCAGCUGAGUUGAGAGACAUAAUGCAAUUUGGUAGUAGCAAUACUGCUGUUUUCUUCAAGAUGAGAGUUGCAGGCGUUCUUCACAUAUUCCAGUUUGAAACCAAGCAGGGAGAAGAAAUUUGUGUUGCUCUUCAAACGCAUAUCAAUGAUGUAAUGUUACGGCGCUACUCUAAAGCCCGCACUGCUGCUAGUGGUUCAAUAAAUGGAGAUCUUCCAAACAAUUUUAAGGCUUCUAGUGUGGAGGUGUAUGAGAAAAGAGUUCAAGAUUUGUCUAAAGCUGUUGAAGAAUCUCAGAGUAAUGCUGAUCAAUUGCAAGAAGAAUUGCACGAAAAGCAAAAACAAGAAGCUAAAUUGCACAAAGAGUUGGAAGAUCUGAAAGAAUCCUUGAGAUCUGGAAAGCAAAACUUGGCAGAAGUUAUGUCUGACCGUAACAGACUUAAAUCAUUGUGUGAUGAAAAAGACAAGGCACUUCAGGCAGCAGUUGUAGAGAAGAGGAGCAUGGAAUCAAGGUUGGCAAAGUUGGGUAAUCUAGUGCUGGAAAACAAUAGUAAAAAGGAAGCAGUUGGUGCAAACAACCAGGUAUUAAAGAAACUCCAAGAUGAGUUAAAACUUCAAAACGAGGAAUUGAAUGCAGCGGAAGAAACAAUAAAGAGGCUGGUAGAGGAAAAGUUAUUAUUGGAGCAAAGGAUGUCUGGACUUGAAAACAAUAAAGAUAAUGAGAUUCACCUUCUUGAGAAAAACUUUGAGCAUGAACGUAAAACAUUAGAGCUUAAAGUGAUAGAACUUGAAAAGAAGCAUGAAGAUGCUAAGCGAGAGUUAGCUGGUCUUGAGGCAACUCUUGCUAUAAGGAAUUCAGAUUUGGCUGUUUUACAAAAUAAUCUAAAGGAACUAGAGGAAUUGAGAGAAAUGAAAGAGGACAUUGACAGAAAGAAUGAGCAAACUGCUUCCAUCUUGAGGAUGCAAGCGGCUCAAUUAGCUGAGCUGGAAGUACUGUAUAAGGAAGAACAGCUUUUAAGGAAGCGCUAUUUUAAUACUAUUGAAGAUAUGAAAGGAAAGAUUCGAGUAUACUGUCGACUACGGCCUCUUAAUGAAAAAGAAAUUGCUGAAAAAGAGAGAGAUGUACUUACAAGUCUAGAUGAGUUUACAGUUGAACAUUCAUGGAAAGAUGACAAACCGAAACAGCAUAUAUAUGAUCGUGUGUUUGAUGGAAGUGCCACACAAGAAGAUGUGUUUGAAGAUACAAGGUAUCUGGUGCAAUCUGCAGUGGAUGGUUAUAAUGUGUGCAUAUUUGCAUAUGGUCAAACCGGUUCUGGAAAGACAUUUACAAUAUAUGGAUCUGAGACAAAUCCUGGACUCACUCCACGAGCUAUUCAAGAACUUUUUAAAAUUUUGAGGCGAGAUGGUAACAAAUUUUCAUUUUCAUUAAAGGCCUAUAUGGUGGAGUUGUAUCAGGAUACACUUGUUGAUCUUCUAUUACCCAAGAAUGCAAAACGUUUAAAAUUAGAUAUUAAGAAAGACACAAAGGGCAUGGUAGCGGUUGAAAAUGUGACAGUUUUGUCAAUUUCAACUUAUGAGGAAUUAAAGAGUAUCAUUCAAAGAGGAUCCGAACAGCGACAUACUUCUGAAACUCAGAUGAAUGAAGAAAGCUCAAGAUCGCAUCUUAUACUUUCAAUUGUCAUUGAGAGUACAAACCUUCAAACUCAAUCUAUCGCAAGAGGAAAGCUAAGUUUUGUUGAUCUUGCUGGCUCGGAAAGAGUGAAGAAGUCAGGCUCUUCCGGUAAACAACUGAAAGAAGCUCAAAGCAUCAACAAGUCACUUUCAGCACUCGGAGAUGUUAUAAGCGCAUUAUCUAUGGGUGGUCAACACAUACCCUACAGGAAUCACAAACUAACAAUGUUAAUGAGUGACUCACUUGGUGGCAAUGCUAAAACACUCAUGUUUGUCAAUGUAUCUCCAGCUGAAUCCAACUUGGAUGAGACGUACAACUCUCUCAUGUAUGCUUCAAGAGUCCGAUCGAUUGUGAAUGAUCCAAGUAAAAAUGUAUCAUCCAAAGAGGUGGCCAGAUUGAAGAAAUUGGUAGCUUAUUGGAAGGAACAAGCAGGUAGGAGAGGGGAUGAGGAAGAACUAGAAGAAAUUGAGGAAGAGCUACCAACAAAAGACAGGGCAGAUGGCCGGCAUUCUAUGUGAUAUUUCUAGACUAUUUUAUCAUCUCGGUAUUAUUUUACCGAGAAUGUAAGUUUCAAAGUUUCACGAUCAGUUUAGGAAUACGUAGGAUUGUAUAGUCUGAGACUUAGAACGAUGUGUAUAAUAUUGCUUACCCUUUUAAAUUAAUGCAUAUAUAAAUGGGUUCGUUAGUCCAA